AUGACGGAUUUACUUCAUAAACUAAAUUUCAAAAUAGCAGAUGCAUCUCCAGAAUACAAAACAAGACGUAAAUACCAAAUGGCUCGUUUUUUCGCCUUUUCGGCCUUGUCAAUCUUCACAUUACGCUUGAUACACAAACAAACAAUAAUUCGACAAUAUAUCCCCACCUUAUUUCAACAAAACCAUCAACCACCAACAUCGUACAAUUUUACUACUGAUGCAGCAGUUGCAGUUGGUGCUGGUACCUUGGCAUGUGGGUCGAUUACGGGAAUGAUUAUGAUGGGGACGGCAUGGAUUUUAGAUGUGAGUAAUUUUAAAGAGUUUGGGUAUAGGAUGAAAGGAUUGAUGGGUGGAUAUGAAAGGGAAAGGGAAUUGAGUGAGAUGGAGGUUGAUGAGGAGACCAGGAUGAUACAGGAUGGUUUGAAUGAUUUACUUGAGGGGAAAUAUGAUGAUGACGAAAGCAAGUGA